AAUAAAGAUGAGUUACCCUUACUCAUUACCUACCACAGGCACAUUGUCUUUUGUAGACUAUUUAGAGACAGCUUCACCUUACUCAACAGAGAUAUCAGAUGCUACUGCUCAAAGAGGUAGACUAAGAACAGUGUUAAAAGAACUCAAGAAAGAAAGUCCAUCAGCACGCGACUAUCAAGUCUUAAUCAAUAUAAUAGAGGAAUACUUACCCUAUUUAGUGGGUAUUGUCAACUGUCUUGAUGCCAAUGAACUCGUUUUAAAGAAGAGCAUAGAGACCUCUUGGCGAUCCACCUUGAGUGAUCAUUUUAUUCACACAGGUAGUAAUGCGCCUCGUAUUACCUGCAGCGAUAUACAAUAUGAACUUAUUUUUGUCUUGAUGACUUAUGCUUAUGCUUGUUCUUUACAAGCCAAUGAUUUGUUGAAGCAAUCCAAUUAUAACAAGGCUGCCGAUACCUUGAAUACAGCUGCCAGUGUCUUUCAUUUUGUAGCCAAUGAUGUGAUACCUACUUGGAAACAAUCGCCUGCCAAUCGACCUAUUGAAACAAUUCCUGAAUUCUCUGUAGCAUUAUCCAAAAUGGCAUUAGCAGAUGCUCAAUCUGUAGCUAUCCAUAAAGCAUUAGCCACUGGCAGUAUAUCCAAAUCUUUAAUUGCCAAAUUGUAUAUGGGCAUUACAGGACAGUAUGAAAUGGCGUUUGGUUUAAUAUCUUCUAUUAAUGGUACACAAGAUGUCUCGAAUGAGUUGAAAAAGUAUUUGUCAGAUGGUACUUUAUUCUACAAGGCAAUGGCAAAGAAAUACUUGGCUAUGGAUGCCAAUGAUAAUUCUAAAAUGGGUCAAGCUGUUGGAUUUGCUAGAGAUUCUAAAACUGAUUUACGCUCCAUUCAACAUGCAAGUUUAUCUAAAGCUCAUAUUCGAAAAUCAGCUGUGGCUGCAAGGGCUGCUAAAGAAGAAGAAGCAGUAACAGAAUUGCUUUCAAAAUAUACCAUGAUUAAUGAUACAGUCUCGUAUGAUCCUAUACCAUCCAGACAAGAGCUCUUAAAGUUAAUACCUGGUGGAAGAGGUGUGUUGGAAUUAAAACAGUAUAGUCUGCCUAAUCCAGUAUUUGGUCCUUCCUUUACUCAAAAAGAAAAGUCUUAUUUGUUAGAAGGUCGUUAUUUUUAAUAAAAGGAGGCUAAUGGGACAAGUAAUGCCACAUAAAUAA